AUGGUUGAUAACUAUGAAGAUAGAGAUACCAAUUACAAGGUGUCUUCACAAGAAAAAACCACCAGCGGUGGAUGGAACGCCGCCGUAUUCAUCAUCUUUGUUGAGGUGGCUGAGCGAUUUGUGUUCUUUGGCAUGUCGGGGAACCUCAUCACAUACCUCACAAACCAACUCCACCUGCCUAUUCCCACAGCGGCUAAGAAUGUCAACAUCUGGGUUGGUGUGUCUUGUCUCUUCUCCAUAUUUGGAGCCUUCAUUGCUGAUUCCUUCUUGGGUCGGUUCAAGACCAUCCUUUACUCCUCCAUCAUUUAUCUUCUGGGAACCGUUAUGUUGACACUGUCGGUGUCAGUAAUUCCUGUGCAUAAUCGUAAAGUAAUGUUCUUCAUAGCGCUUUACAUAUUAACGGUCGGCGAAGGAGGGCACAAGCCAUGCGUGCAAACCUUCGCGGCGGACCAAUUUGAGGAGGAUUCAGAAGAGGAUAAGAAGGCCAAGAGCUCAUUCUAUAAUUGGUGGUAUCUGGGAAUAGUGUUUGGCUCCACUUCUGCCACACUCGUAGUAAUAUACUUGGAGGACAAUGUUGGUUGGGCCGUAGGAUUUGGAAUUUUGGCAGCAGCAAUGUCGGUGUCACUAGCAAUAUUUUUGCUAGGAAUAAAGAGCUACCGGAAGCAAGGUCCCCUAGGGAGCCCACUCACUACAUUGGCGCAGGUGCUUGUGGCGGCGGCUCGGAAGUGGCGUGUGAAUGAGAUGCGCGACGGUUGUAGUGUUUUUCGUGGAGAUGAGAGGGAUGGGUCCAACAGUACCGGUCAAUUUAAGGCUCGGACUAUGGCUCGUACUAAUCAGUUGAGGUAUGUUUAUAUUCUCUGGGUGUACUCAUACUGUUUCAAGGUGCUGGCUGGGUUGAGUGCCUUGAAUUUGUGUGUUUAUGUGUGGGUUGCUAAGCGUUUUGUGUACAAAAAAGUUGAAGGGGAUGAUGAUGAUGAUGCUGAUAUACUUGCAUAAAUGGAGCAGCAUUAGAUGAUGGAACGAAGAAAUUAAGUGUUAACGUUAAUUAUAUGUUUUCUAGCUCCUGUUUGGAUUAGAUGUAUAGCAAACAGUGUAUAAUUAGGCUUUCUCUGUCUCUUAAACAUAUUUAUGGGACUAUGUUUACGAUCCCAUGACUUAAAAAUAUAAUCUUUAACCAUAUAUCUAUAGGCACUCUUUCCUUUAAGCCCGUUUUUAAGGGCGAUCAAUUUUAUAUGAGGUUUGUAUAAUUUGGUAUUAGAGUCACGUCGUCACGUCGCCACAUCGAGUGCGAGAUCAGACACAAUUUGUCGAGUAUGAAAUCGAAUGAGUUGUCACUUUGUCGUUGAAUUACGAAGAGAGCUACU